AGGAAGGGUUUUUUCCCGCUCAGGAUUUGUUGUAAACCAUCAGGUUUUCCGGGAGCUCAGAACUAUGAUAAAUGGCUCUUUUAAGCUUGGAGCUGCUCGAGUUCUGGCUAGUUGGCAGAUGCAGUGCCUAGUCCCCGGCCUCCAGGACAACGGCAACAUGAACGGGACGUCCGAGCAGGCCGACAUCCUGCCGCCAAACUGUAUGGUUAAGGACCGAUGGAAAGUGCUGAAGAAGAUCGGCGGGGGAGGGUUUGGGGAGAUCUACGAGGCCUUGGACCUGCUAACACGGGAGAACGUGGCGUUGAAGGUGGAGUCGGCCCAGCAGCCCAAGCAGGUUCUGAAGAUGGAGGUGGCUGUUCUCAAGAAGCUGCAGGGUAAAAACCACGUCUGUAAGUUUAUCGGCUGUGGAAGAAAUGACAAAUUUAACUACGUGGUGAUGCAGCUUCAGGGUCGAAACCUGGCCGAUCUACGGAGGAGUCAGCCCAGAGGAACCUUCACCAUGAGCACCACCCUGCGACUCGGCAAGCAGAUCCUGGAGUCCAUCGAAGCCAUCCACUCAGUGGGAUUCCUGCACCGCGACAUCAAACCGUCAAACUUUGCGAUGGGCCGGCUCCCCUCCACCUACAGGAAGUGCUACAUGCUGGACUUUGGUCUGGCGCGUCAGUACACCAACACCUCUGGAGAAGUUCGACCGUUCCUUUGGACUUAUGAUUUUGACGUGCAUGCCUCCCGUUUCUCCGUCACCUCCAUGAAUCCCCAGGGAUCACUUAAACGCAGGCAGUCUGAACAAGUAGGUCAGAUUAAGGAGCGUUACGACCACCGGAUGCUGCUCAAACACAUGCCUUCAGAAUUCAAUAUUUUCCUGGAUCACGUCCAGGCCUUGGAUUAUUACACCAAACCAGACUACCAGCUGUUGAUGUCAGUAUUUGAGAACAGCAUGAAGGAGCGAAUCAUAACGGAGAAUGAGCCCUUCGAUUGGGAAAAGGGAGGAGGCGACGCCACGCUCUCGACCAGUGCCUCCACUCAACCACAGCACAAUACCCGACCCACCGCCGCCAUAGUGGGAGCGAUUGUGACGCCGGUUCCUGGAGACCCUCAGAGAGAAAACACCGAAGACGGCCUGCGGGAUGAACAUUUCAGCGAUCAGGAGAACGCUCCUCCUCCGCCACCGAGCCGGCCGCCGCCAGAGACGGCUACGCAGCCGAACGCCGGGGAGCCUGGGGAGGCCUGGGAGGACACAGACUUUAACCGCAACAGACUCAGGAUCAGCCUUAACAAGGGGCCUGAGGAAGAGGAGGCGGGUCGAGCGGCCGGUCCUGUGUCGCCAGUUCGAGGGGGGGGCCCUGAGUCGCCGACAGGUCAGGGUCGGUCUUUACGAUAUCGUCGGGUCAAUAGCCCCGAAUCUGACCGCCUGUCUGCUGCUGAAGGCAGAGUGGAUGGCUACGGACAGAGAUCCAGGAUGGACAUGCUGGGAUCUCCCUCUCGUCAUGUUUACUCCUCUCAACCAGCUCAGAUGCUCUCCGUGGACCCCGGUUGCCGUGGCGAUCGUCAGGCCAGCGGACGCCAAGAGGUGUCGGUGGCGUCUGUUGACCAGGAGGCGCACAGCAACGCUUUCAUACGGUCUGUCCCGCUGGCCGAGGAGGAGGACUUUGACAGCAAAGAGUGGGUGAUCAUCGACAAAGAGGCCGAGCUGCGGGAUUUCCAUCCCACUACGUCAGGAACCACUGAUGAGGAGCCCGAGGAGCUCCGCCCCCUGGAGGAGCAGGAGGAGAGGAGGCGGCUGAGGGCUGGAGGAGGGGAGCUGGUGGUUCGGCCCAAAACUCACACCCGCGACAGCAGCCGCGGGAUGCUAACGCUAACGGAAGAAGAGGCAUCGAGGAGAAGCGGCGGGAGCCCCGCACAGUCGCCCUGUCACUCGCUGCCGUCGGGACGCCCACGCAGGAGAGAGUCAGAGCCGACCGGACCUCAGAGACCGGUGUUGUCACCUACAGAGCAGAGCAUCCCGUCGCCAUCCUCUCCUGACUAUCGAACAAAGGGUCAAGGCGAUGAGAUGGAGCACUUCCACAUCCUUCCUCAGCUGCAGGCUAAGAGGGCAGACUUCCUCACUGUCAUGUUGACGGGUACUUUGCCUCAGCGUAGGAGCUUUGCCACGCCGGACGAAGAGGUCCAGGAACCUCUUGGGCCGAAGGACGAUGACGUUACUAAAAGCGAUUCCAACAGCGAGGCCAGUCAGAAAAGCACUGAACGCAGCCAGGAUGCUGCACCCUCGACGCUCAUGGCGGAGGACCAGAGAGGACAGAAGGAGCACGCGUCGGCCGCUGAUGCAGAUCCGGACCUGGAGGACGCGUCAAAGACUCUUGUUCUGUUUUCACCUGGAGACACUCGCAAGUCCCCCUGUGGUGGGGAACAUGUUCUCGAGGGGGAAUUGGGGACACCCUCCGGUCUAAAUUCUCGUAAUGACCGCCUACUGACAGGGGAGGGGAUUCAGCCUGAACUCUCUGAAACUGGCCGCCUGUCUCCAGCCCUCAGGUCAGAACUGAGACCCUCAACUCCCAUUGCUCCCGGAUCACCUCCCUUCACCAAAGUUGAGCGCACUUUCAUUCAUAUUGCAGAGACAUCACACCUCAAUAUUAUGUCUUCCAACGGUCACUCCGCUAAAGAAACUGACCUGGGAGACUUUGCUCUCACGAGGGAAUUGGCUGCAGAGGUUGAAACCCAUGAGCAGAAGGACGCACCACUGCCCAAAGAGGCUGCAGAGGAGCCUGAGCCAGACAAAUCCAGUACAGAAGAUAAGCAACCAAAAACUGAAAAUGGUCCGUCAGCCAUCUUCGCCAUGUCUUUGGAGCCUGCCUCUAAAGACACCUCACCAGUUUACGAUCAAAAGGAUCAACCCCAUGAAGCUAAGAAACAGCUUUCCUCCAGUGAGGACGGUUUAACGCUUCAGGCUGCUGGAGCAGAGCUGCCGGCUGGUGCUAAGCCCAAAAUCCGAAGCAGAAUCCCCAUUCUUAUCUCUGAAGAGGAUUCAGGCUCAGAACAGUCCUCUUCCUUUUCGGCUCGAGUUCGGCUUCAGCAGCGGGCGAGACAGCUCGACCUGGCUCGCUUGCUGGUUCAGAAGCAACAGGGUCGCUGGAUGAGGAGGCGGAUGCUGUCCGGGACUUCGUCGUCCUUGUCCUCUGGAGACGACGAGCGCCUGAGAGUUUCUGAGACUUUAUCCAUGACGGGCUCAGAGGAGGACAUGCAUACCUCGGACGAAUCCAGAAGGAGCUCCCGUCUCAAACCCACAGAAGAACAAGGGUCCAAAGAGUGCAGGAGCAGAAUCCCUAGACCCGUCACUCCCGUAAAAAUACCUUCUGGGGGUGUCGGCGUCGCUGCUUCUCCUCUCUCCUUGCCAGACUCCAAAAAUACAAAAGCGGUUUCUUCCGUAUUAAAUGGGUAA